GCAGCGGAACGCGACGCGUUCAUCUGCAUCAAGAAGUUUAUCAAGUCGUGUUCAUUCAAUAAUUGAUAAAAGUUUUACAUACGAUGGUAUUAAUACAAGAGAGGUGAUUUCGGACGUGAUUGUCAUCUAUAACACGUUAAGCAAUGGUGAAUAAUAAUUCAAAAGGGGGAGUACCCCGCAUACAAGUAUUUAGACCAACUUAUGAGGAGUUCAAAAAUUUUACAAAAUAUGUAGAAUAUAUGGAAAGCCAGGGAGCUCAUAAAGCCGGUUUGGCGAAAGUAAUCCCACCGCCUGAAUGGAUUCCAAGAAAAAAAGGCUACAACCUAGAUGAUCUAGAUCUUAUUAUUCCAUCACCAAUUUGUCAAGUUGUUACUGGAAAACAAGGCCUUUAUCAACAAAUCAAUAUUCAAAAGAAAUCAAUGACUGUUAAAGAAUAUAGUAAAUUAGCCAAUUCUGAACGUUUUGCUACACCUCGUCACUUUGAUUAUGAAGAUCUAGAAAGAAAGUACUGGAAAAAUAUAACAUAUGUCUCACCUAUAUAUGGCGCAGAUGUAUCCGGUACUUUAACCGAUCCAGAAGUGAAAGAAUGGAACAUCAAUCAUUUAGGAACAAUUUUAGAUUAUGUCAACAAAGAUUAUGGUAUAUCCAUUGAGGGAGUCAAUACAGCUUACUUGUAUUUCGGAAUGUGGAAAACUACAUUUGCCUGGCAUACAGAGGAUAUGGAUCUUUAUUCUAUAAACUAUUUACAUUUUGGCGCGCCAAAAACUUGGUAUGCUAUACCACCGGAACAUGGACGUAGAUUGGAAAGACUAGCAAGUGGUUUUUUUCCAUCAAGCCAUCAGAGUUGUCAAGCUUUCUUGCGUCACAAAAUGUCUCUAAUAUCUCCUCAAAUAUUACGCCAAUAUUCUAUUCCAUGUAAUAAAAUUACGCAAGAAGCUGGAGAAAUAAUGAUUACAUUUCCAUAUGGCUACCAUGCCGGUUUCAACCAUGGAUUUAAUUGUGCUGAAUCUACAAAUUUCGCGACAGUUAGGUGGAUAGAAUACGGAAAAAGAGUUUUACUUUGUACUUGCAGAAAGGACAACGUUAAAAUAUCGAUGGAUACAUUUGUAAAACGUUUUCAGCCAGAAAGAUACGAACUGUGGCGACGUGGUGAAGAUAUUGGUUGUCAUCCUGAAGACCCUAGACAAACUGUCGCGUCAAUGCCAUCGCAUACAGAUCUAUUGUGCAACAGUAACAUUGAUCAAAGUGAGUUAUCGAUGCCAAAAAGUAAACGGAAUGUUAUUCACAAAAAGAAAAGCAUGGGCGCGAAUUCUGGAAUCGAUAUGGAAGAGCUUGUUAACCGUGAGGAUAUCCCUGCGAAUGUUAAAAAGGCUAUAGAAGAUAUAGAAUUGGAAGAAAUGAUGGAAGAACCGCCAGACGAGCAACAAUUAGAGGUUCUAGAAGAUAUUUGGUUAAAAGCUGAAGAAAUGGAUAUUGAAGAAGCAUCUGUGUACGAUGAUGGCUAUAAUCGCAAGAAGAAUAAAAAAAGAAGGAAAAACCAACGUGUGGUUAAAGCGAAAAAAUCAAAGGUAGAAUCAAAAUCUAAGAAGGAAGUCAAUAAAGCUAACGUGCAGAACACAGACAUAGUGGAGACCCAAAUGGAUAUAGCUUUCGAAGACUUGUCUCAGCACAAUAGCGAUGAAAUUCCCGUGCUUCAAGGAAGUUACAAUGACAAUAUUAUAUUAGAAAGUGAUCCUGCAGAUGAUCCUCUGAAGAUAGAAGACUCCGAACUUGAAAAAUCUAAAAAACCAUUGAAACAAGAUGCUAAUGUACAAUGUGAAGAUGUAUUUUUAACUGGCAUUAACGUGUUCGCUGAAAAUAUUGUUUCACAGGAUAAUAAGUUUAAUACGUCAAUAAACGAAGAGAAACCUACUGUAAAUACAACCACUAGUGGUCAAAUAACAAAUUGUACUCAUGGCAGUCAUCCAAGCGCAUUAAACAAUAUGUCAGAAAGAACCAACAUGAACUCAUCGAUGAACAUCAACAAUGAUUUUUCCAAAGGAAUAUCAGCAGUUAAUACAAAAAAGAAUUUAAAUCAUAACAUCACGCAAAAUACAAAGUUCGGAAUAUGUCCGAACGAAAGUACAAUAGGUAUUGCAACCAGUCAUGUAAAACAACAAUCCAAAUGUUUAAAUUACAAGAAUCCAGUGGCUACAGCGAAUUCAGAAUGUCCAUCAAAGGGAAUACAAAAAAGUUCUAUUGGUAAAAAUUUGAUAAAACAACCUCGACUUACUUUACCAGAAAAUUAUUAUUCGCGAGGAAUGUUGAACUUACUUUCUGUUAAAGAUCAGAAGAAUUUACAAACAACUAAUAUGUCAAAGAUGUGGCCUCAGCAACUAUGUACGUCUGCAUCGACUCCGAGUACAUGGGCGUUUCGCACAUCUUUGUGUAACGAAGGGCAAUAUAUCAGUAGUAAUAAUAAUAGUGCAAUCAAAAGUUCGCCACAAAUGUCUGGAAAUAGUUUUAGUUACCAGCUUCCACCUGGCACCACUAUUACUCAGGCUGCUUCUCAUACUUCUCAUACCACCUCGGAAAGACACGUACCAUCUCUUUACGGUUCCAAUCAGUUUGCCUAUAAAAUACCUCAAUUAGGUAAAAUGAACAAACAAACAUCAUCAAACAGUGUUCUCGUAUUUCCACUUUCCCACGUAACUUAUAGUACAAAUGCUAAUGAUACGAUCAAUCACGCUGCUAAUAUACUUCUCACAGAUAUUUUACCUGCGAAUAAUACGAAGCCAAACACAUUGAUACAAAGUAGAAAGCAAAAUACAUUAAAAACUACUAAAAAGGUGCCGCGUCAAAAGUCUCAAAAAGGGCCCACAUCACGCAAGAAAUCAUCGACGACAAAGAACAAUAAACCGAACGCUAACGCAUCUCUAAAUAUAUCCGGAAGUACCACCAAACUAACACAAGACAACUUAAUUGACUUAACAAGCAGUUUAUCUACCGUGGAUAAUAUGUUAUCACAAGAUACAAACAUACAGAGCAGUUAUAAAUUGGUAAAUUUAAAUACUCAAUUUCCGGAGAAUCUGACCGGUGAUACAAUGGAGCAUGAUGAGAGCAAAUGUUCAAAUACAUUCGACACAAUCGCAAAGUUUGCUAAUAUUGCACAACCGCAAGGUUUACAAAAACAAACAACAAGUUCUUUACGUUCGCCUACACAUAAGAUGAAACAAAGUAAGAUACCUGUCAGAAGAAAGCCGAGAGAAAAGGUGAAAAAAACUCCGACUAGAAAAAAGCAACCAAUGACUGUUGUCUCCGAGUUCGACACUGCAAAAGGUCAAGCAAUGCCAGCUGAAUCUAUGGAUGUUCCAUCAUGCAGUUCUCAGCCAAUAUCUCUAAUACCGGAACAUAUUUCCGACAUAAUGUAUCCGAGCGCACCGAACAGCGAUUUGAUCAAAGCGUUCAACAAUUACUGGAGCUCUCAGAUUUCUUAUUGCGCCAUAUGCGUUCCUUUUGCUUCGUGUGGAAGUGGAAACAGCAGAGUAAUGACAUCCGACUGGAAGUAUUGCGAAUCAACCGUCUUACCUGAUAGUACACCAAUAUGGGUAUCACCUGACAUCUUUGCGGCAAACUCCAAGGAACAAGCAGUUGAACAAAAUAAUACACUUUUGCGAUGUAGAGACUGCCACGUUACCGUUCACGCUUCUUGUUAUGGUAUAAGUAUUUUGCCUACCGAUCUCCGGAGUUGGGCUUGCGAUAAGUGCAAAGCUGGCAGAUAUGAUGUGAUGUGUUGCUUGUGCCCAAUGUUUGGUGGUCCUUUGAAACGAACCAGUGACAGUCAAUGGGCGCAUAUAUCCUGUUCGCUUAUGACUGGAGCCACUUUCAAAGAUGUUAUUAAUAAGGAUCCUAUUAAUGUGUUCUCGAUCUCAAAUAACUUAUGUCAUAAAACAUGUCACUAUUGCGGACAGUCUAGAGGAGCAUGCCUGACAUGUAGUCAAUGCACCAACAUGUUUCAUGUUUCGUGUGGCCUUAUAGUGGGUGCCACAUUUACCAUACCGACGAACAAUUCUGAACAACUUCAGGUAACAUGCAAUGAGCAUAACAAAGGCAAGGAAAAAAUUCCGCAGAUACGACAAGGAGAGAUAGUUUGGGCGAAACAUAAAAACACACGAUAUUAUCAAGCUCGAGUAAAAUCAAUCCAAGAUAUUUUCUUUUAUAUGGUUACAUUUAAUCAGGAUAAAAGUUUCAGCGAUGAUCUGUAUCCCUCAGAUAUAAUCAAUUAUGAUACCCGAAACAUACCUCCACUGGGAGCCGCGGUGACCGUAAGUUGGACAGACGGUAAAAAAUAUGACGGCAUUUUCGAAGGUACAAAUCAUCGAAUAAUGUUCAAUGUCGUGUUCGAAGAUGGCUCUCAACUCGCUUUAAAACGUCACGAAAUAUACAGUUUACAAGAGGAUAUGCCAAAAAGAGUGCGUUCUCGUCUGUCUGUUGCGACUGAAAUGAAGCACCGAUCUCAUCUUUAUGGCACUGAGGAUUAAACAGAGGCGCAAUGAAAAGUGAAUCCAAAAGUUGCACUUGACCGAGAUACAACUGUAAAUAAUUAUUAGAUAAAAGGAUUCCUCUUGUUGAUACCAAGUAUAUAUUUUGUAAUAACUUUUUUUUUUUCAACUAUUUACUCAAUAUUUCGGUUCAUAUUUAAUUUACAGUAUUAUGUCCGUAUAUUUAUGCUAUGUGUAUAUCGUACAAAAACUAUUAUUAUUAAUAACUAAUUUUAUAUCGAUGGAAUAAAAACCAAAUUUAUAUAUACUUGUAUAUUUUGACAGCACCGGUAAAAACUAUUGUGAUGCAUAUCGUGCACUGGUUUUAGAAUUCAUGAAAAUAUUUUUCAUUUAAUGUUGAUUAAACUGCAUAUACACAAUACAUUACAAAUGUGUGUGUACACAUACACACAUGUAAAAACACAUUUGGUAUAAGAAUAGUUUUAUAUCGCGUUUUGAGAAUUAAAAUCAAAAUAUUCUAAAUUCUUAAUUUUAUUUUUUUAAGAAUUCAACAUAAACUCUUAAAUUACAAAGGCAUUUCUUAAAAAAUAUUGUAUUUACAAUACUUUUUAUUGGUGCAAUCAAUUUAUGUUGAUAAUGCGUUUCGAGUUUUAACCUGAAACAUUCUACAUUUUAUAUACUCAGUACUUUGUAAACGUCAGAGUAUUAUGUAAAUCGAAAAAAACUUCAAUACGGUAAUCUAUAUAUAUACAAAGAUAUUAAUAAGGAAAACAUUAAACAACAUAGUUUGUGUUCAGAAAAAAAAUAUAUACAUAUGUAAAUUCACUUUUUAGUGAAUAAUUAAUAUUUUAACAAUUGAAGAAAG